AAUGUAGUUCAUGUAGGGUAAUUAUAAAUUGCCCAGAACCUGAUAUGGAGAAGGCAGAAAAGAGUACCGGCAGGUUGUAAGAAGUGGCGGUACGCAAGAAAAAGUCACGAUACGCCAAAGAGUAAAAUGUAAAUGUGCCGGUACUGCGUACUGGGGAUUAUCGGCCCACUUCAAACACUGUGUAUAGUCAAACUGAAUACAUAGAUCACUGUUUUAUCUUAAACACUGGUAAAUUAACAAGGAAGCAUGUCGAGUCCCUUAAAAGUGGAGAGGAAAUUCCCUAUGGAGAGAAAGUGCUGCUUUGAUCAAUGUCAGCUGAGGGAACAACGUUGCGUAGUAUUUUCUAUUUAUAACUCUGCAUUUUAUUCCUUACAUAACACAGGUUUCGGUAUAGUAUAUGACCAUCAAGUUAUAAGACCAGAGCCAGUAUUUUAGUACAGUACAGCAUUAGUAUGCAUGUACCUUGUUUAAAAAUAAAGUCAUAUAUUUAUACUUCAUGUUUAAUGCUAUGCAUGUUAUAUAACAAUAAUGCAAUAUGAAUGAUGAAUUUCUUACAAGUGUUACUAACUAUUAAAUUACAAUUUUUGAUAUUACUUAAUACUAGGUUUCUUUUUCAGGUGGGAGGAUCAGGCUUGAUAGCUGUGGGGUUCUGGAUGCGUUUAAGUGGAGAUGUCCUGGGGACGAACAUACUGGGGGUGUUCUCUAUCUAUGCAGUGAACACCGUCAAAGUGGACAUAUACUUCAUUAGUGUUGGAAUUAUAAUGGCCCUGCUGGGAUUUUUGGGCUGCUGUGGGGCAAAAAAAGAGAGCAAAUGUCUCCUGAUAAUGUUCUUUUCCAUCAUUGUCGUCAUUUUCAUCGCGGAGCUGACAAUUGGAUUGUUUGCCCUGGCCUAUUCUGCAUAUGUAAGUUUUACGCUGAGGUCCCAGCCUCCUCAUGCACCUUCUGACCUUUCCUGUUCCUGCCUAUUUUUAUUCGCAUGUACAUUUUUAAAAAUCAUUGUAUUUCUGACCAUUAUUAAAUAUGAGGAGUUGGCGGUGGCUCCAGUGCAUUCUGCUUCUUAAUGACUGUGAUUGCUCAAAGCUGCAUGCCUGCGCUCUCACUCCCAGCAAUUUAUUCCCCACUACAACUCAAGUUUAAGCAUUUAUAUGCAAAACAGCCAAUUUACAUACAUUGUUGUGGCCAUUUAGUGAAACCUAUAAUAAUUCUGUUAGUUAUGGAAAGCGAUUUAGGAAAAUAGUGCAUUUUAAUCACAUAAGUAAAACAUUUUUAGGCAAAUUCCCUAAUUUUAUUAUUUAUCAUAUGCAAUGCUCCAUUUUAUUUAUGUUCUAAUGUCAUUGGGAAUAGUCCAUUACUCCUACCAAGUGUGCUCAUUUUUCUUGCAAAUAAUUCUACUUUCUGACACUUAAACAGCACGAUCUGAAUGAACGACAGCUCAUCAUUAUAUCCAAUUCUGCUAAGGCUAUUCAUUAGCAAACAGGAAAGCUCUGAGAAUGACAUAUGUUUGAAUUAUGGACAGUCUGAACCGUUAAGGGGAACAUUACAGGCAUGCACAAGCUCAUUUAAUGUGCUGUUUGUCACCAUCACUGACACCCAAACGUCCAUUUAUUCAUUUCAGUGCCAAAAGAAAUUGUAGUUUUAUUAAUGUACAUGCUUCUUUAUAACCGGCUGCAUUUUAGAUAAAUAUGGAAUGUGAAUGUAUUACAAUAUCACUGUAGUGUAAAUUUGAACAGGAUACUCAUCUACUUGAAUAAUCAGUACUGGUGAGAGUGAUAAGUCCUGACAUUUUUAAAUGUAUUGCAGUACUGCUUCUAUUCCCUGCUGCAAUCUGACGCUCGAGAAUAAAUCAGAAACCUAAUAUGUAUGGACAGAGAUAACAAGUAUGCAAAGGCAUA